GGCGGCUUCGCAGGUCCGACCCGCGCGGCAGCGGCCGGAGAUGCAGUGGGGCGCGCGUUGUGCCUGCGCCUGUGGCUCUGCCUCGGACUCCUCCACAGCAAGCACGGCCUGGUGAGUGGCUACUCCAUGACCCCACCGACCCUGAAUAUCACGGAGGAGACACACGUCAUUGACUCUAGAGACAGCCUGUCUAUCUCCUGCAGGGGGCAGCACCCCCUCGAGUGGGCCUGGCCUGGGGCUCAGGAGGCACCAGCCACAGGGGCAAAGGACAGUGAGGACACGGGGUUUGUGCAAGACUGCGAGGGCACAGACGCCAGGCCCUACUGCAAGGUGGUGCUGCUGCGUGAGGCCCAUGCCAAUGACACGGGCAGCUACCGCUGCCACUACAAGUACAUCAAGGCCCGCGUCGAGGGCAUGACCGCCGCCAGCACCUACGUGUUCGUGAGAGACUUGGAGCAGCCGUUCAUCAACAAGCCGGGCACACUCCUGGUCAACAGGAAGGACUCCAUGUGGGUGCCCUGCCUGGUGUCCAUGCCCGGCCUCAACGUCACGCUGCGCUCGCAAAGCUCGGUGCUGCAGCCUGACGGCCAGGAGGUGGUGUGGGAUGACCGCCGAGGCAUGCUUGUGCCCACCCCACUGCUGCGCGACGCCCUGUACCUGCAGUGCGAGGCCAGCUGGGGCGGCCAGACCUUCCUAUCCAACCCUUUCGUCGUGCACAUCACAGGCAACGAGCUCUAUGACAUCCAGCUGUUCCCCAAGAAGUCGCUGGAGCUUCUGGUUGGGGAGAAGCUGGUCCUGAACUGCACCGUGUGGGCCGAGUUCAACUCUGGUGUCACCUUCGACUGGGACUAUCCAGGGAAGCAGGCGGAGCGGGGGAAGUGGGUGCCGGAGCGGCGCUCCCAGCAGACGCACACAGAGCUCUCCAGCAUCCUGACUAUCCACAACGUCAGCCAGCACGACCUGGGCCCCUACGUGUGCGAGGCCAACAACGGCAUCCAUCGCUUCCGAGACAGCACCGAGGUCAUUGUGCACGAAAAGCCCUUCAUCAGCGUCGAGUGGCUCAAGGAUCCUGUCUUGGAGGCCACGGCAGGAGACGAGCUGGUGAAGCUGCCCGUGAAGCUGUCAGCGUACCCUCCGCCAGAGUUCCAAUGGUACAAGGACAGAAAGGCUGUGUCGGGGCGCCACAGUCCACAUGCCCUGGUCCUCAAGGAGGUGACAGAGGCCAGUGCAGGCAUCUACACCCUCGCCCUGUGGAACUCCGCAGCCGGUCUGAGACGCAACAUCAGCCUGGAGCUGGUGGUGAACGUGCCCCCACACAUCCACGAGAAGGAGGCCUCCUCCCCCAGCAUCUACUCCCACCACAGUCGCCAGGCCCUCACCUGUACUGCCUACGGGGUGCCCCCUCCUCUCAGCGUCCAGUGGCACUGGCGGCCGUGGACGCCCUGCAAGACCUUCGCCCAGCGCAGCACCAGCCGGCGGCAACAGCGAGACCGCAUGCCACAGUGCCAGGACUGGAGGGAGGUGACCAUUCAGGAUGCCGUGAACCCCAUUGAGAGCCUGGAGACCUGGACAGAGUUUGUGGAAGGGAAGAAUAAGACGGUGAGCAAGCUGGUGAUCCAGGAUGCCAAUGUAUCUGCCAUGUACAAGUGCGUGGUCUUCAACAAGGUGGGCCAGGACGAGAGGCUCAUCUACUUCUACGUGACCACCAUCCCUGAUGGCUUCAGCAUUGAAUGGGAGCCAUCAGAGGAGCCCCUAGAGGGCCAGGCCGUGCGCCUGAGCUGCCGGGCCGACAACUACACUUAUGAGCACCUGCGUUGGUACCGCCUCAACCUGUCCACGUUGCACGAUGCCCACGGGAACCCACUGCUGCUCGACUGCAAGAACGUGCACCUAUUUGCCACGCCCCUGGCCGCCAACCUGGAGGAGGCAGCACCGGGUACACGCCACACCACGCUCAGCCUGACCAUCCCCCACGUGGCACCCGAGCAUGAAGGAGACUACGUGUGUGAGGUGCAAGACCGUCGCAGCCAUGACAAGCACUGCCACAAGAAGUACCUGUCAGUGCAGGCCCUGGAAGCCCCGCGGCUCACGCAAAACUUGACUGACCUCCUGGUGAACGUGAGCGACUCCCUGGAGAUGCGGUGCCCAGUGGCCGGGACGCACGUGCCCAGCAUCGUGUGGUACAAAGACGAGAGGCUGCUGGAGGAAGAGUCCGGAAUCGACCUGGCAGACUCGAACCAGAAGCUGAGCAUUCAGCGUGUGCGCGAGGAGGACGCGGGCCACUACCUGUGCAGUGUGUGCAACGCCAAGGGCUGCGUCAACUCUUCUGCCAGCGUGGCUGUAGAAGGCUCCCAGGAUAAAGGCAGCAUGGAGAUCAUAAUCCUCGUGGGCACCGGGGUCAUCGCGGUCUUCUUCUGGUUGCUGCUCCUCCUUAUCUUCUGUAACAUGAGGAGGCCAGCCCACGCAGACAUCAAGACCGGCUACCUGUCCAUUAUCAUGGACCCCGGGGAGGUGCCUCUGGAGGAGCAGUGUGAAUACCUGUCCUAUGAUGCCAGCCAGUGGGAGUUCCCCCGGGAGCGGCUGCACCUCGGGAGAGUCCUGGGCCAUGGGGCCUUCGGGAAGGUGGUGGAAGCCUCUGCUUUCGGAAUCAACAAGGGCAGCAGCUGUGACACCGUGGCCGUGAAAAUGCUGAAAGAGGGCGCCACAGCGAGCGAGCACCGCGCUCUGAUGUCGGAGCUCAAGAUCCUAAUCCACAUCGGUAACCACCUCAACGUGGUCAACCUUCUGGGGGCGUGCACCAAGCCUAACGGACCCCUCAUGGUGAUCGUGGAGUUCUGCAAGUACGGCAACCUCUCCAAUUUCUUGCGCGCCAAGCGUGAGGCCUUCAGCCCCUACGCGGAGAAAUCCCCUGAACAACGAAGGCGCUUCCGCGCCAUGGUGGAGGGCGCCAAGGCCGACAGGAGGAGGCCUGGGAGCAGCGACAGGGCCCUCUUCACACGGCUGCUGAUGGGGAAGGGCGGGGCGGGGCGGGCCCCUCGGGUCCAAGAAGCUGAGGACCUGUGGCUGAGCCCGCUGACCAUGGAAGACUUGGUCUGCUACAGCUUCCAGGUGGCCCGAGGGAUGGAGUUCCUGGCCUCCCGCAAGUGCAUCCACAGAGACCUGGCUGCUCGGAACAUUUUGCUCUCUGAAAGCGACGUGGUGAAGAUCUGUGACUUCGGCCUGGCCCGGGACAUCUAUAAGGACCCCGACUACGUGCGCAAAGGCAGCGCCCGGCUGCCCCUGAAGUGGAUGGCGCCUGAGAGCAUCUUUGACAAGGUGUACACCACGCAGAGCGAUGUGUGGUCCUUUGGGGUGCUGCUCUGGGAGAUCUUCUCCCUGGGGGCCUCCCCGUACCCUGGAGUGCAGAUCAAUGAGGAGUUCUGCCAGCGGCUGAAAGAGGGCACCCGGAUGAGGGCCCCAGAGCUGGCCACUCCCGCCAUACGCCGCCUCAUGCUGAGCUGCUGGUCCGGAGACCCCAAGGAGAGGCCUGCAUUCUCAGAGCUCGUGGACAUCCUGGGCGACCUGCUCCAGGGCAGGGGCCAGCAGGGGGAGGAGGAGGACUGCUUGGCGCCCUGCAGCUCAAGCUUGGAGGAGGGCAGCUUCCUGCAGGCGUCCACCGUGGCCCUCCACGUCCCCGAGGUCGAUGCCCCCGAGGAGAGCAGCGCACGGAACCUGCACAGCCUAGCCGCCAGAUACUACAAUUGUGUGUCCUUUCCUGGGUAUCUGGCCAGAGAGACCCAGGGUUCCUCCAGGAUGAAAACAUUCGAAGAAUUUCCCAUGACUGCAACGACCUACAAGGCCUCUGGGGAUAACCAGACAGACAGUGGAAUGGUGCUGGCCUCCGAGGAGUUUGAGCGGCUAGAGAGCAAGCACAGACAAGAAGGCGGGCUCAGCAGCUGUAAAGGACCCAGCUGGAAUGUGGACGUGACCAGGGUGCAUGCUGACCCCCAGGGGCGGCAGCGACGGCCUGACCGGGGCGCCCGGGGAGGCCAGGUGUUCUACAACAGCGAGUAUGGGGAACUGGCCGGACCACGUGGGGAGGACGACUGCACCCCCUCGGCCCGAGCGCCCUUCUUUGAAGACAACAGCUACUAGGGAGGCCCAGGCAGGGCCCACAGGGCCCUGGCCUCCCACAGUUGGGGGGCUGUGCCUGGCGGUGUGAGCAGAGGUCUGGAGGCCCAGGCUGGGAACUCAUCUCCUUUGGUUCAGCUGGGAGCUGUUUCCUCAUUCCUGUCUACACCCUUCCGAGCUACGCAGAGCGAAAACCCAGGCUCCAGGGCUCCCUGGACACUGUCACCACGCCUGCCCAGAGCCGCCCACGGACCCCCAGGGCCCUUCUCCUUUCAGAUCACAUUCCGUUUAGUUCCGUGUGUACCGCUGGGCCAGGCACUCCCAUGGGAACGUCCCUCUGGCCUGUGCUCACCAUGGUGGGUGGUGGCGGGAUCCCUGAUUCUUGACAGUCACACGUGAUCGAGGUGGAUCCAGACUUGAGCUGCAGCCUCCCAGCCCCUUCCCCAAACACCGUCCCUUCCACACAGCCCUUCCUUCCCUUGGGGAGGCCUUCACUCGCCUCUCCAGGGCUGAAGAGAAUAUGCCAUAUCCCUGUCUCAAAGU